UUACAUUUAUUCAUGCUUAUAAUUCACGAACGAAGGUGACAACGGAAGACAGAAACCAGAACUGAAGCUCCUCCACCGUUCGAUACAACGUUCUGCGAAGCCACUCCCAAAUCCAGAUUCAGUUCACAUUUCCUUUUCAACUAACACAAAAGGUUUCGCCAGAAAUAAAAAGGUUUCCUGCUCUUCGCCGUUUUCAUUUGCAGAUUUUUUUUAGCUCAUGUUCUUCACUACUGAAUGAACUCAGUAACUGCGUCCACUCGAAACCAGCUCUUGAUUAGUUUUACAACUUCUUCAGAAAAAAAGAGUCGUGUGAAUGUUUUCUUGCGUCAAAUCCCAAAAUUGAACUGCGAUUUGUAGUGACUGAGAUAAUCUCCGGCACUUAGCCAAAAGAGGGAAGAAGAAUGAUUCCCUUGUCCAGCAUCCUGGGGUACGAAAAGUGUGACAGAUACUUAAUUUUUAGUGGAGAAUCUGCCCUUGGGGAUGGUUUUCGAGCAUUUUUGUAUUUUCUUGGCCUUGCUUACUGCUUUAUCGGAUUGUCGGCUAUAACCGCUCGCUUCUUUCAAUCGAUGGAAAAUGUGGUCAAGCACACAAGGAAGGUAGUGGAGGUAGAUCCUGUUACUAAAACUGAAACCAUUAGACAUGAAAAAGUUUGGAAUUACACUGUUGCAGAUAUUAGCCUCUUGGCCUUUGGGACUAGCUUUCCCCAGAUAUCAUUAGCCACCAUUGAUGCUAUACAGAACAUGGGGAAGCUCUAUGCUGGAGGUUUGGGGCCCGGAACACUUGUUGGUUCUGCUGCAUUUGAUCUUUUCCCCAUCCACGCCAUUUGUGUAGUAGUUCCAAAAGCAGGAGAGCUGAAGAAGAUUGCUGAUCUAGGGGUAUGGCUGGUGGAGCUGUUUUGGUCAUUUUGGGCUUACAUUUGGUUAUACAUAAUUUUGGAGGUAUGGACUCCAAACGUUGUGACUCUGUGGGAGGCCUUGUUGACAGUACUACAAUAUGGAUUACUAUUGAUCCAUGCUUAUGCUCAAGAUAAACGUUGGCCCUAUAUUUCUCUACCCAUUGCAAGAGAUGAGAGGCCAGAGGAUUGGGUACCAGAGGAGACUCCUUAUUUUCAACAGGAAGUCUAUCAGAAGAUGAAUUCCUCUGAGAUAAAGCAUGUUAGUGAUGAAAAUCGCAACACUGUUGAUAGUUUUUCCAUUCAUUCAGAAAACCCCACUGAUCCAUUGUGUGUCACAGUACCUCAAACAGAUGAUGAGGCUGAAAUUUUGGACAAAGCUAAGGAAACAACGUUGGAGGAUACCCACUUGCUUACAAUUUGGAGACAGCAAUUUGUGGAUGCACUGAGGUUGAAGAACCCAGAAGCAAAAAAAUUAAAAAAUACGUAUCUCCUCCUAGCUCGAAUUUUCUGGCAAUUGCUGCUUUUACCAUGGAGAUUUCUUUUUGCUUUUGUUCCUCCUUGCCAAAUUGCUCAUGGAUGGAUCUCCUUCAUUUGCUCCCUGCUUUUCAUCAGCGGGAUAGCUUACAUUGUGACUAAGAUCACAGAACUUAUAAGUUGUGUUACAGGAAUAAAUGGUUACGUGAUAGCAUUUACAGCCCUAGCCAGUGGAACCUCGUGGCCUGAUCUAGUGGCAAGCAAGAUUGCUGCUGAACGUCAAAAAACUGCUGAUUCUGCAAUUGCAAAUAUCACUUGCAGCAACUCAGUGAAUAUAUAUGUUGGAAUUGGUGUUCCAUGGCUUAUUGAUACUUUGUACAACUUCAUAGCAUAUCGAGAACCUCUCAGAAUCCAAAGUGCAGGGGGAUUAAGCUUUUCACUGAUUGUUUUCUUUUGCACUUCUGUUGGGUGUAUAUCAGUUUUGGUUUUCAGGCGUAUAAUUUUUGGAGCAGAGCUAGGAGGGCCUAGGCUCUGGGCAUGGAUUACGUGUGCGUUCUUCAUGUUGUUGUGGAUUAUCUUUGUUGUACUAUCUUCACUCAAGGUUUCUGGAUUCAUUUAGAAUUUCAUAUAAAAAUAUUGAGUCAACACCACAUUGAUAUAUAAAAGAUGUGUGUGCCUUCGGAAAUAGGUUUUGAAUAAAAAAUUUAU